GAUAAAUUGCAACUAACCGCGCUAGUCCGCAUUCGCAACAUACGCGCUCCUUUCGUGAAUUUUUCGUGUCGCGUCUAUCGCCACACGUGAUUGGCCCAUCCACUUCCCUCCCCGAGGUCCAAGCCACCUUCUCUUCUGCUGCGACAAACUGCUUUCUUCACACAACGACAACAACGACCUAGACACCUCCUCCGCUGAAUAUUGCCCUAGCAACGUCAUAUAAGCCUUCAACUGGCUCAUGACAACUUAAUAACAACCAACACCAGCGAAACGUCUUGUUAGCUCUGAACUACCCCGGCAUCGCAAAGUCUACCAACAAAAUGGCCACCACUAGCUCCUCUGUCUCAAAACGACGGCGCUUCCAAGUCCCCAUAACCAAAUACUUUUCACCCGACAAUGCAGAGUCUCCCUCCUGCGGUUCCUCACAUUUCAACUACGCAGCGCCAACCCACUCUCCAGUUCCCUCCCUUCCUCACAAAGUACAGUCCUCGCUUCUAACCGUCGGCAUGCGCGUUCGCAAAUCAGUACCAGAAGGCUAUAAAACAACAACAGCCACAAAGUCUGUUUUCCACAUCUCGUAUACAGGCUCACCUUCAGCAACGUCGUACGCAGAAUUGGCACCUUUCUGCGGGGUGCUGAAAACGGGCAAUCUUGCCGUCCAGACCUCCCCGGGGCCUACCUUGGAUCGGCAUCAGACAAUGCACGCACUAGACGUGGAAUGGGACAAGGGCUCCAUCCCUUCAAGCAGCCAAGAAUCGAUAGAUUCGUCCACAACCCCGAAACCUAACCCACACAAACGACCAUUCGAACCCGACCUUGCGGACUCAGACGACGAAGGCAAUGAAGACGACGAAUAUUCCAAUAUCUUCCCUCGCGGGUUUCAUCAGAUGUGGAAAUCUACGAUUCCUCUCACUAGCACAGCACGUGCACUGUCUUCACCCACCUCUCCUCCAUCAUUAUCACGGCCAACCCUACUUCCGAGGCUAGCACAGAAGGUUAGGAGCUAUCAAAAUGACCAACAGCAACACCAACGAUAUCAUAAAGUGCAUGAUAGUGGUCAAGAGAUCCAUGAUCCUCUUAGUGGCUGGAUGGCACAGGAUGUUGAUUUCGAAGAAGCUCAAUUCUUGCGGCGGAGGGAGGAGGUUGACGAUGAGGCUGUGGUUGUUGGUCGUCCUGGCGGAAUGGAGGUGGAGAUGGGAGGUGUUGAGUGAUUUGAUUGUUUGUUGUUUGUUCUUUUCGCCAUCAUGAGGUAAUAUCGUUUAUAUUUUGUAUUUUAUGAUGUCCUGUAUUUUCUUGUAAUUAAUCUGGGAUAUGGGUUUGACGCCGCCCUGGUUCUGCCGCUGGCGCUGGCGAUGAGAUAGAGUUUUUGAUCCGAUUGAUCAGGUAUGUUUGUAUAGUUACUGGAUCAUCACGUUUAUUUUCAUGAGACUUAAUUGUCUCUUAUACGUUUCUUCAACGCAGGAACAACAGCGACCUGCGAACGUUCCGGCAUAGUUCGGUCUUUUAAUAAUGGGUAAUCGUGGCUCAGUGCGCUGUCCCACCACAUAUUGAAGGUCAUGACUGCGGGAUUUGGAUUGGCAUAAUAUUUUUUAUAGUAUGGUACUGUAUAUAGUAAAGUCACACUUUUUCAUUGACUCCAUUAGACUUCCUCCGCUGGUGCCAUACUAGCAGAAAUAGGGUGUGGCGUGACUGUCUAUGUCAUUGCUGUCAUACGUACAGAGUAGUUGUGCAACUGCUUCCUUGUCAAUAAUGUGUUCUAUGAUUGGCUAAAUACCAACAACUGCAACAUCAAAUCAACAGGUUGUAAGUAGUAAACUCAUUAGUUCAUGCCUCCUUCCCGGGGUCCUCCUUCAAUGUCAC